AUGGAUCGACUAUUCGAGUCGAAAAUCAAUCUAAUAAGGAGAAUCUCAACCUUUGGAUCAAAAUCAAGAACAUCCAGCUUAUCAGAGCUUGCUUCUUUAAGCAGUGUGCAGACAAGCCAAGAAACCCAGUUCCCCAGCGGUGUCAAAGUUCUUUAUGAACCGCAGGAUCCAGUUGUUGAUGUUGUAUUCGUCCAUGGCUUGACAGGAGACCGUGAACGGACUUGGACGCAUCCAGGGAAUGGCGUCUGCUGGCCAAGGGAUAUCUUACCUCAAAAUUUGCCUGAUGCCCGCAUUCUCACGUUUGGGUAUGAUGCAUACGUUGUCCGUGCUCGCGAUCAAGUGGCUAGCAUUGAUAUCGCCCACCAUGCUAACGAUUUCUUGAAUUGUUUGGCAAAUGAAAGAAUGGACUCGCAAUCCGCUAAGCGUCCUCUAAUCUUGGUGGCUCAUAGUCUUGGUGGUCUUCUUUGCAAAGAUGCUAUGAGGCUGUCGCAGAAUAACGCCGAAGCACGUCUUGGUGCGAUAUUUGAACACGUCCAGGGAAUUAUCUUCAUUGCUACUCCUCAUGGCGGAAGCUGGCUAGCUAAGUGGGCGAAGACGUCUGCUAGCUUGCUAGGCGUCCUCAAAAUAGCAGAUGUCAGUCUUCUGUCUCUUCUUAAAACUGAUUCUGAGGUAUUGAACCGCAUCAAUGACGAUUUUCUCUCGAUGCUUAUCAGAAGACAAGCCGACCACCGCUCCAUCAGGAUUGCAUGUUUUUAUGAAGUCUUACCCCUUCGAGGCCGAAUAAAAAUCGUUGAUAAGGAUUCGGCCACAAUAUCUGGAUACAAUAAUGUUUCCAUUCAUGCAGAUCAUCGAAAUAUAGCGAGAUUCAAGAGUCAGGAUGAUCCUGGCUAUAAGCACAUCACAGGUACUCUUGGUAUGUGGGUAAAUGAAAGUUCAGAUGUUUCAAGCAGUGCUGAAAUUGAUGGACUUCUCGAAUCCCUAUCUUCUCCUGAGAUGGGUGUAAGGAUGGCUGCUAUCGAACCCGCCGAGAAAGGUACCUGCGAAUGGCUGGGAAACCACCCUACUUACAAAGAUUGGGCUUCACACCGACGGUUGGAAGAGUCUCACGGACUUCUCUGGAUAAAAGGCAAGGUUGGGUGCGGCAAGUCCACCAUAGUGAAGCAUAUUUUUCUUCGCCCUUCCUCCAAAGCAUGUCGAAUUGCAUUUUUCUUCAACGCUCGAGGGGGUCCAGAGGAAAAGAACGCGUAUGGUCUCUUCAAAGCACUCCUCCACCAAGUGGUUGGCAACUAUCCGCAUUUGAGUACUGUCCUCAUCAAGCGAUACAAGCUCAAAAAGCGACAGUCUGGAAAAGCAGAUGUUUUAUGGAGUCUUCCAGAACUUCGCGAACUCCUCCACGACGUGAUUUUGAAUGCAGGCAAAACACCCAUUGAGAUCUUCGUUGAUGCUCUUGAUGAAUGCAACGAGACUGAGAUCCGAUCAGUCGUUACUUUCUUUAGUUGGUGCUCCUCAGAUGCAAUUGCCCAUAAUACGACACUUCGAAUCUGUUGGUCCAGUCGUCAUUAUCGCCAUGUCAGUGUUCAACAUCAUUUUCAAAUCUUGGUUGAAAACAUGAAUUCGGCUGACAUAACACUGUGGGUGCAACGCCAUCUUGCUGGAGGUGAUCAUCUUUGGGAGCAUUUUGGAGCUCAAAUUGUGGCAAAAGCCAAUGGAAUCUUCCUCUGGAGUGUUCUUGUCGUCAACAAGAUCAGGAAGCUAGCUGAUAAAGGUCUUCCAAACUCGAAGAUUAGCAGGGUGAUCGAUGAUAUGCCGAGCGAGUUGAAUGAGCUCUACAGAAAUGUUCUCGAGACCUUGGAUCCAGAUCUCACUGAGGAUGCCAUCGCAAUGAUCUCCUGUGUUCUGUUCGCAUUUGAACCUUUGGAAGUUGACUCUAUUCGAUUUAUCAUGGAAUUUAUGGGCAAAAAGCCUCCCAAAAUGCUCAAGCAUCUCGAAGGAUUUGCUAUGGAAAAGUCCAAGUUCGCCUUGUACGUCACUGAGGUUUCUGGCGGUCUUCUUGAGGUAAUCACGACCGAAUCAGGUCGACCUUCCACCUUGGAGGCGGCGCUCAGCCAGAAAAGUUUGAGAAGAUCCAUUGUUCAACCUAUCCACGAGUCAGCCUCUAAUUUCCUCCUUAACCAGGGACUUCUCCGCCUUUUGAAAGUCAAUGAAGAUUGGAACGUUCGGCAGAAUGCCCACUUGCAAAUUUAUCAAGCAUGUGCACGAAUCCUCUCAACACGAGAGAUGCGAUGCGUAUUACUUCGACCGAAGAGGUUUUUCUCGCACACUCCUAAAUUGGUUGAAUCAGGCCGCCAGUGGCUUGGAACUCCACUUUUGAACUAUGUGAUGAAGCGUAUAUUCAAGCACCUAGAAGAGGGGUGCGCCUCCAUUUCAAGUGGCUUCUAUGCAGUUCGAAAUACCAGCGGUGUAUUGAUUGCAAGAAGUAGUGUUAUCGACACGAUGCGCAAUUGGAUGUCGGUGAAUGCAGUAAUGUUCAUGAGCCGACGCCGUCUCGACCGUCUCGCAGAAGCACUGUCUAUGGAAUGGGAGAUGAAUGAAUUGGAUUUUUGCGCGCUUGACGAUCAUUCCGGACUUUGUGCGCUCUUGCAACAUGGCGAGCAUCCGAAUGACAAUGAGCUUGAUAAAGUAAUUAUUGCUCUUGCCCACCAUGGUCUUGAUGAACAGAUUGUGGGGUACAUCAAACGGCAACGAGAGGCCAAUGAAACCCCUCCUUUCUCUCGAUUUUCAGGCAUAGCCUUGGAGUCCGCUAUAAAGGGGCACCAUUACUCAACUGUUAAACUUUUGAUGGAGAAUGGUGAAAUUCAACGUCCAAUUCAUUUGAUUUUGGCAAUCCAACAAGGGCAAGUGGAUAUCGUGCAUCACCUGUUGAAGAAUGGUGGAAGUGCAAAUCAGUCAGCGAUGGGGAAAAUUCCCCUCAUUGAAGCAAUAUCGGUUGGGCGUAUUGAUAUUGUCAACAAAUUGUUUGAUUACGGUGCAGAGAUUAACCGUGAGUACAAAGGGAAUUAUGCAAUUUGUGAGGCUGUCAACCGUGGGCGGGGCGAUAUUGUUCAGACACUCCUUGACCAUGGUGCAGCGGCAACUUAUGCUGGUUCAAACAAAAUUCCAAUCAAUCAAGCAGUAUCUUUAGGAUUUGAGGCUAUUGCUGAAUUACUUCUGAAGCAUGGUGCAUCAGUGAGUAUGUACGACGAUGAAGGAGAGACAGCAUUGAUGAAAGCUGAAAAGUCCAGUCGUGAGACAAUGAUCCAACUUGUCAGACAUGCCAAAGCACUACAAGACGCAGCGCAGAACAGAGACCUUGAGAUCUCCUCGUUGGUUGCAGAACAAACCAAAGCCAACCAUGAGGAGGACCGGAAUUGA